GCGGCGGCGGCGGCCGGAGCUGGAGGGGGAGGAGGGGAGGAACCUGAUCCUCCGGUAACGAAGGGCUGGAGGCAAACACCGAGCUCCUCCUGAGCCGCCCGGGAGCAGGGAGGGCUCCGCUAGCCCGGGGGAGCCCUCCCCGCGGGGCAGAUGAGUUCGAUAUCCAGACUUUCAAACCAUGUUCUGGGGUCAUCCAAACAUUCCAUCCUCCUGACUCCAUAAACAGCUGGAUUCAUAACCCGCUCCAUACUUGAAAACGUGGGGAUUGGAAUUCGGGCUCUUUGUUCUGGUAAGCAUGUGACUGACUACAGCUGUCAACACGGGCACCUCCGAAGUUACCUCGCAAAAACAAAGGUGUUUUGCAGUAUCAUGCUUCUUUUACAAUUUCCUGGGUCUCUAUUGAAGAAAAGAAAGUAUACAGUUCUUAGCAGUCUGUAGUGAAGAAGUCUCAAGAAGAAGGCUGCUACUUCUAGACACCGUGGUAAAACUCAGAAGGUGAAUAAGUUACAUUGGAACUUAUUGAACCUGCCCAUCACCUGUGCUGGCAUUUUCAAGGGGAAGAGGUGGACACAGAAGCUGUCCCACCAGCCCCAUCCUUUGAUGCCAGCCAUUCAUCUCCUCUGGAGGAUGCAGCAACAAAGCCUCAUCUUGGAAGCAGGAAGACAGGGCCCUUACCAAACACUGAACCUGUGGAUGCCUUGAUUAUGGACUUCCAACCUCCAGAACGGAACAUUUUAGUGGAUAAACCAAAUGACCAAUCUUCAAGAUGGUCUUCAGAAAGCAACUAUCCUCCCCAGUACUUGAUUCUAAAGCUGGAAAGGCCUGCUAUAGUUCAGAAUAUCACAUUUGGAAAAUAUGAGAAAACUCAUGUUUGCAAUUUGAAAAAAUUUAAAGUCUUUGGUGGAAUGAAUGAAGAAAAUAUGACAGAGCUGUUGUCCAGUGGCUUAAAGAAUGAUUAUAACAAAGAAACAUUCACCUUGAAGCAUAAAAUUGAUGAACAGAUGUUUCCUUGUCGAUUCAUUAAAAUAGUUCCACUCUUAUCCUGGGGACCCAGCUUUAACUUUAGCAUCUGGUAUGUUGAACUUAGUGGCAUUGAUGAUCCUGAUGUAGUACAGCCCUGUCUCAACUGGUAUAGCAAGUACCGUGAACAGGAAGCUAUUCGCCUUUGCCUAAAACACUUUAGACAACACAACUAUACAGAAGCUUUUGAGUCACUACAAAAGAAAACCAAGAUUGCCCUGGAACAUCCCAUGUUAACAGAUAUUCAUGACAAGCUGGUGUUGAAGGGUGAUUUUGAUGCUUGCGAAGAGUUGAUUGAAAAAGCUGUAAAUGAUGGCUUGUUCAAUCAAUAUAUCAGCCAACAGGAAUAUAAGCCACGAUGGAGUCAAAUCAUUCCCAAAAGUACCAAAGGUGAUGGAGAAGAUAACCGACCAGGAAUGAGAGGAGGCCAUCAGAUGGUUAUUGAUGUUCAAACAGAGACCGUUUAUUUGUUUGGUGGCUGGGAUGGAACACAAGAUCUUGCUGACUUCUGGGCAUACAGUGUGAAGGAGAACCAGUGGACAUGUAUCUCUAGAGACACUGAAAAAGAGAAUGGUCCUAGCGCCAGAUCAUGUCAUAAAAUGUGCAUUGACAUUCAACGGAGGCAAAUCUACACAUUGGGGCGUUAUUUGGAUUCCUCUGUGAGGAACAGCAAAUCUCUGAAAAGUGAUUUCUAUCGUUAUGACAUUGAUACAAACACUUGGAUGUUACUAAGUGAGGAUACUGCUGCUGACGGAGGGCCGAAAUUGGUGUUUGAUCAUCAGAUGUGUAUGGACUCAGAAAAACAUAUGAUCUACACUUUUGGUGGUAGAAUUUUGACUUGUAAUGGCAGCGUAGAUGACAGCAGAGCCAGUGAACCACAAUUCAGUGGCUUAUUUGCUUUCAACUGUCAAUGUCAAACCUGGAAACUUCUUCGAGAGGACUCCUGUAAUGCUGGGCCUGAGGACAUCCAGUCUCGAAUAGGACACUGCAUGCUAUUCCACUCAAAAAAUCGUUGCUUGUAUGUAUUUGGUGGCCAGCGAUCAAAGACCUAUUUGAAUGAUUUCUUUAGUUAUGAUGUGGACUCUGAUCAUGUAGACAUAAUAUCAGAUGGCACCAAGAAAGACUCUGGGAUGGUUCCAAUGACAGGAUUUACACAGAGAGCAACUAUUGAUCCAGAACUGAAUGAAAUACAUGUCUUAUCUGGACUCAGCAAAGAUAAGGAAAAGAGGGAAGAGAAUGUUAGAAAUUCAUUCUGGAUUUACGACAUUGUGAGAAAUAGUUGGUCUUGUGUCUAUAAGAAUGAUCAAGCUGCAAAGGAUAAUCCAACUAAAAGUCUUCAGGAAGAAGAACCAUGUCCAAGGUUUGCCCAUCAGCUUGUAUACGAUGAGCUACACAAGGUUCAUUAUUUAUUUGGUGGGAAUCCAGGAAAAUCUUGCUCUCCAAAGAUGAGAUUAGAUGACUUCUGGUCACUGAAGUUGUGUAGACCUUCAAAAGAUUAUUUACUGAGGCAUUGCAAGUACCUCAUAAGAAAACACAGGUUUGAAGAAAAGGCCCAGAUGGAUCCCCUUAGUGCUCUGAAAUAUUUACAAAAUGAUCUUUAUAUAACUGUGGAUCAUUCAGACCCAGAAGAAACAAAAGAGUUUCAGCUCCUGGCAUCAGCUCUAUUCAAAUCUGGUUCAGAUUUUACAGCUCUAGGCUUUUCUGAUGUGGAUCACACCUAUGCUCAAAGAACUCAGCUCUUUGACACCUUAGUAAAUUUCUUUCCUGACAGCAUGACUCCUCCUAAAGGCAACCUGGUAGACCUCAUUACACUGUAACUGAAGAGCCACUGGACACAGAAAUGGAAAACAGGAGUCGGAUUUUCCGCCUUUUGGAUUGCAGCUCCGUUGACUGACAGUAAAGCUGCAGUGAUUGAGGACUGCGCCAGAGUUCCAAAGGGAUCUUAACCAUCACAGGUUUUUACCCUUUUCCUUCAUACCUGACCUCAACCCCACUAUCUUCAUCCUAUUCCUAAAUUAGGCUAAUAAAGUGAAAUUGGUAUACUUUCCAGUUAAAUAUAUAUAUUUUUUCUUAUGUUAUCUUUUAAGAAUUAAUGAGUAUAAAAGGAAAAUUAGGCAGUUUACCCUUUUCAGAAUUUAUUUCUUUUUUUUUCUUAAUUGGGGGAAAUAAGCAUUAUUAACAGAUUCAGCACUACAAGUAUUUUGAAUGUUGUUGCUGUUGGUCAUUUGGCCUGCCUUCUCAUCCCUUCCCACUUCACUGCACCUCCCGUCACACAACUGCGUAUAGGUGGUGUCACUUGUUUACCUCUUUACUUUAUUCUUAACAAAUGUAUAGUUCUCUAGGACAGUUGAUAUAUGUUAAGGUGAUAUCCGUGUCUGUGCUGACUUGUAUUGUGUUACGUUAAACAGUAGGCAGAACUGAGGGCUCAAGUUUGCACUCUUGGCCAUAGUACUAAAAAUGAAACCUGAGAUUGACCCAAGUACCUAUCUGAGAUUGGUAUAUAAUAUUUCUUUAAUGAUAUAUUUAUUUUAUAGUAGAUAUUACAACAGCAUCUGACUUUGAGUCACAGAAACCUUAAACUGAGGACACUAUAGUUCAGAACCUUUAAGAGCCAUUCUAAAAAUGAUGAGCAGGAGGGAUCUAGUAGUGAAUAUGUUCAUUGAUAUCUUCAUAGCAAUUUUAGGAGAAAAUUACUCUUUUGUCUAGAAGAUCUCUGCAGAACCAGGGCUCCCGUUUCUCUUUGUGCAAUCUCUUUGUAGUGUUUUCAUUUGAGAGAGGAGGCUGAGUUUCCAGAGCUCUGCUUUUAUUUAUUUUUAUACACAUUGUCUCUCUGUGUCUGCUUGUGGAUAAUUGAUAUUUUUAAGAGAAAUUAUUUGUGGUUGUUCAGUGGCAUACAACUGACAAACAUUUCACUAAGUUAUAUAGGCCGGACUUUAUGAAUAGUUCAAAUAUUUUUUAAUUAUAAAGAACAGUAUG